AUGGAGGAAAGAGAAUUGAGGAAACUAUUGACCACGAAAAAUGGAUGUAGAGUUCCAACGAUGCUGCCUAUUCCGGAUGUGCACAAAAUGGACAAGUUGCCCUUUGUGCCUUUACCGCCUUAUAAUCGAAUCAAGGAUAAACAGAAGAAGUUCCGGAAAAUUCUCGAAGAAAAAGCUACAGACAGGAAAGUGAAAAUCGCCCGACCGCCUUUAGAAAGACAUGAGCUUGACAACUUGGAGAUAUCUCAGGAUCGUCACAUAGCGGUUUUGAAAGAAUGCGCCGACAAAAUUCAGCCACCUCCCAUGCUCAAAUCUUGGGAGCGGAAGAUUAUAGGAUUAAUUCCUGCAAAGUUGCGAAAUGCGUUUCCCCUCAUCACGGAAGAGUUGAUCCAAGAAAGCAAAGAUGCAUGGAAUGAAAAUCUCCACGAUUUAGCUGUAAAAACUGUAAUUAGAGAGGUACCCGGUGUUUCUAGAAAGAGAUAUGUGGAACCGCAAUUUAAGUACCACGGAGUGACACCGAACUUCGAUCGAAUGCUGAAGUUUCGUAAAAAGCUUCAGGAUGGCUCGCUCCUAUUACACCCGUUUAUAAGGUUGGUUCUAGAAUCAUCGGAAAAAACUUUCCCUCCUCACAUUAUAAGCUUGUCUAAGUAUCGAGCUAGAGGGCCAAUGGAUCUAGACGAAUUUCAGUCGAAGGUUCUCGACGAAAUAAAACGUGCCGACUACCUAGUAUCCAGUACUUGGUAUGCGAUCCUUGUAACUUGGCUCAAGAACCCGCGUUGUUUGAGAGGAAUGCGACCGAAACGAAUACCGAUUUUCGUAAAAUGCGCCACCAAAAUGAUUUCUAUGCAAAUUCAAGAACUCAUGCGUCGUUCAAUUGAUGCUCUCAUAGAAGCGUUGAAAGAUCCAGAUUCUGUGCCCAUUUUGAACCUUGCAUUAGAUUUUGACGGGGAAUUCUUUUACGACCCAUCGUUGGAAACUGUGUAUGGGGUCUUUCACAAUAUUGCUAACGCUAUCGCGCAUAUUUCACAACGCCUCAUGCCUAUAGAACAAUAUCUCCGAAUACCGUACAAUUACGAUGCGUUGCCGGUUCAAUAUAAUGAGUGGCUUAAAAAAGACGGACAUGAUCGGUUACAAAAAGAGCUUGUUUUGGUCUACUCUCCACUAGUGCAAUAUGUGGAAAGACUAAAGAAAGAAUAUAAUAUGUUAUAUGGCGCUCCAGCUAAAGCAGCACUUAUGAAGUUUAUAAGCGAAGCUGAAGAGUUUGAAGAGUCACGAGACAAGAUAAAAUAUUUUCAGAGUAUUGAUUCAGGAAUAACAGCUAUUCUGGAAAAUGAAUAUUUUAAUUGUGCUGUUGUAUGCCAACUGAGAAUGGUUGAUGGACUGAAAGGGAAAGCGCUAGAGUUUAUUAAUGAUAUUAUUGAUGGUAUUGUCAAAAAUCAUAUGGACGAAAAUGCCUCUAUAUGCAAUGAAUUUGAAAUUAUAGCCGCAAAAGCUCUCAAGGAACCCGAAAAUGCUGCCGAAUUAAUAGAACAAGGUGUUUACAUCUUACAUGCAAAAACUGUUCUAGUGGAAGGCUUAAAAGAAAGGAUAUUGAGGCAAAUUGAAAUCAUAUCAAAUCUACUGGAAAUGACGUCACUUAGCCCAGAGCACGUGGCAUCGAAUACAAAAACAGUUAACUGGCUAACUGAUAUUAAACCUAUAUUUGAAAAAAAUGCUGCAGCUUAUGAAACAUUUAAAGGUGAAAUGGAGGAUAAUUUACAACGUCAAAUCGCGAAGUUAAAUAAAGAAGUUCUCGAUAUGAUACCUUAUCUUCAACUGUUAGACAACAUGGACGAUAUUAACCACACCCUCGAGUACUUAGAACAUCUUCGUAAACUUGUACACAGAUUAGACGCUUGUGAUAAACUAGUUGCGUGGAUCAAUAAUGAAGAGAAAACGUUCAAGUUUCCCGUCAGUCAGUAUCCAGAUUUAGAAGAGUUAAAAGAUUUUAUUUUGCCUUUCCAUAGCCUCGUGCACCUUGUACAUAGAUGGAAACGCAGCUAUUAUACUUGGAUGGAUGGGCCAUUUGAAUAUUUAGACCACGAUCAAAUAGAACAAGACCACGACUUCUUUUACAAGGAAUUUCUAAAGCUUUCCAAAAACUACAGAACUAAAAUCAAGCAACAAAUCGCAGAAGGAGUUGAAAAACGUUUUCAAGGAUUAGCCGACGAUCCUGAUAUAAAUAAUCUACCAGCACCGAUGAAACUUUGCGCACAAGCGGUCAUUGAAAUUAAGGAGUGGAGGCCUAAUGUGCAGAUGGGCCAUAUUAUGUGCAACCCGGCUCUCGUUCAAAGGCAUUGGGAUGAAAUGUCGUCGAUAGCUGGAUUUGACUUAACCCCGACUGCUGGUACUACAUUAAGAAAAAUAAUUAACUUCAACCUGUGGGAUGAAAUCGAUCAGUACGAAAUAGUGAGUGUUGCAGCAACAAAGGAAUUGGCUUUAAUAACAAACUUAAAUAAAAUGAUCGCAGAAUGGACCGAUAUAUGUUUUAAAACUAGCCCGUAUAAAGAUACAGGAAUCUUUAUUCUCUCUGGCCUUGAUGACAUUCAGAGUGUGUUAGAUGACCAUAUUGUAAAAACUGUUGGUAUGCGAGGAUCAGCUUUUGUUAAGCCGUUCGAAGCGCAAGUAAGAGCUUGGUAUGAGAAAAUUAUGCGAGUUAACCUAACUAUUGACGAGUGGGGUAAAGUUCAAAGUCAGUGGCUGUACUUGUUACCGAUAUUUUCAUCGAAGGAUAUUGUUGCUCAAAUGCAGGAAGAAGGAGUCAUGUUUGUCGAAGUUAAUAAUAUAUAUCGUCGCUACAUGGGAUCGGUAGAUAAAGAUCCACAUGUGCUUGACGUUGCUGGUGGAGCAGGUGUUCUAGAAUCCUUUAGAAUAGCAUCAGGCCUCCUUGAGAAGAUAAACGAAGGCGUCAACAAUUAUCUAGAAAAGAAAAGAUUGUACUUUCCACGUUUCUUUUUCCUAUCGAAUGAUGAAAUGUUGGAAAUAUUAUCCGAAACUAAAAACCCCUUAAAAGUACAACCGCAUCUAAAAAAAUGUUUCGAAGGUAUAAACAGGUUGGUUUUCGAUCCGGAAUUUAACAUAUCAACAAUGAUUUCAAUGGAAGGAGAACAAGUGGACUUUCUCGAAACGAUAAGUGUUGCAGCGGCAAGAGGAUCCGUGGAAAAGUGGUUGUUACAAGUUGAAGAUCAAAUGCUUAAGGCAGUUAAAUCUGAGACAGAAUUGUCAUAUUAUGACUAUCCAAAUAUGGGACGCGUUGAUUGGAUACUGUCGUGGGAAGGCAUGGUUGUGUUAGCGAUUUCUCAAAUAUACUGGGCCGUUGAUGUUCACGAAUGUCUUAACACUCAUAAGCUAAGUCAACUUCAAGAGUUUCAUGUCGGAUUAACAAAACAGUUGAAUGAGACUGUAGCAGUUAUUCGAAGAACUGAUUUAACUAAACUAAGUAGUAUCACAGUAAAAGCACUAAUUGUCAUCGAUGUCCACGCAAAGGAUGUUAUAUUUGACUUAGUAGGAAAAAAUGUCACAGAGGUAACGGAUUUCCAAUGGCUUGCGCAGCUGCGUUACUAUUGGGAGGAAGAGAGAGUAUUAGUAAAAAUUAUUAAUGCUGUCGUAAAUUAUGCUUAUGAAUAUCUUGGGAAUUCUGAUCGCCUAGUUAUAACACCCUUAACGGAUCGCUGUUAUCGCACUCUGAUUGGCGCAUAUUACCUUCAUUUAAAUGGAGCGCCUGAAGGACCAGCGGGAACAGGGAAAACAGAAACUACAAAAGAUUUAGCGAAAGCUCUAGCUGUUCAAUGUGUUGUGUUUAAUUGUUCUGAUGGUCUGGAUUAUAAAGCUAUGGGUAAGUUCUUUAAGGGUUUAGCGUCUUGCGGGGCUUGGGUGUGUUUUGAUGAGUUUAAUCGAAUUGAAGUUGAAGUAUUAUCUGUAAUAGCACAACAGAUCUUAUGUAUUGUACAAGCAGUAAGGCAACACUUAGAAACGUUCGACUUUGAGGGUACCACUCUUACAUUGAAUCCCGCAUGUUAUGUAUGCAUCACAAUGAAUCCGGGGUAUGCGGGUCGGUCUGAACUUCCCGAUAACUUAAAGGUAUUGUUUCGUACGGUGGCGAUGAUGGUCCCCGAUUAUGCAAUGAUCGGAGAGAUCUCGCUAUAUUCGUUUGGUUUUAUUGACGCCAGGAAUCUAUCGGUAAAAAUUGUCACAACUUACCGACUUUGCUCGGAACAAUUAUCAUCCCAAAAUCAUUAUGAUUAUGGAAUGCGUGCAGUGAAAACAGUUUUAUCGGCAGCCGGUAAUUUAAAAAGAAGUUUUCCCAACGAAAGCGAAAGUAUUUUGUUACUAAGAUCGAUCACAGAUGUAAAUUUACCUAAAUUUUUAUCGUUCGACGUUCCUCUUUUUGAAGGUAUAAUAUCAGAUCUGUUUCCGGGAAUCUUCUUACCAAAACCAGAUUAUGAAAACUUUUUAAAUGCCUGUAGCGAUGUUUGCGAACUGAACAAUUUGCAACCCAUGGAGUGUUUUUUGAUAAAAAUUAUUCAAACAUAUGAAAUGAUGAUUGUGAGACACGGUUUUAUGCUAGUUGGUGACCCCUUUGCGGGUAAAUCGGUGACAUUGAAAGUAUUAGCAGAAGCUUUAACAUUGAUGGAAGAAAGACAGCAACCCGGCGGAUGUGCUUCUACUUAUAAAGUUCUAAAUCCUAAGGCGGUUACAAUGGGUCAGCUUUACGGAGCUUUUGAUCCAAUAUCUUACGAGUGGACUGAUGGUAUCGUUGCAACAAUGUUUAGAAAUUUCGCUUCUGAAGAUACCCCAGUUAGAAAAUGGAUCGUUUUCGAUGGACCUGUUGAUGCUGUAUGGAUAGAGAAUAUGAACACUGUUUUAGACGACAAUAAAAAACUUUGUUUGACUUCCGGUGAGGUUAUGGCAAUGUCCAAUGUAAUGUCUAUGAUUUUUGAAGUAAUGGACUUAUCGCAAGCCUCACCCGCUACUGUAUCUCGGUGUGGCAUGAUAUAUAUGGAUUCUGCGUCUCUUGGAUUUAUGCCAUUUUAUAAGUCAUGGGUAAAAACAUUGAACCCAAUAUGGUUAGAAGAGAACGAAGAAUUCAUAUUUCUACUGUGCGAAUGGCUUUUCGAUCCUCUAGUGUAUUUUGUUAGGAGACAAUGUAUUCAACUUGUAACGGCUGGUGAAGUAAAUCUAAUUAUAAGCACUUUACGACUCAUAGAAAUGCUUAUGGAUAGUGCUAUCGAAGGUGAAGAAGAUACGAAAUACACGAGGACCUGGAUAUUGGCUUCUUUUAUGACUGCCAUAGUUUGGGGCAUUGGCGGAAUAUUAAACACUGACUCGCGGGAGAAAUUCGACGAUUUAGUUAAAGAUUAUUUUAAAGGAGAAUAUGGUAUUCCUUCCUCCUUUGAGAGACUCGACAUUUCCAUUCCUACCGAAGGAAUGAUAAACGAUCAUUAUUACAUGUACAAAAGUAAAGGCUGUUGGAAACCGUGGCCUGAGGCUGUGAAAGCAGCACAGGUAAAAGAGCAAAUUAAUUUACUGCAAACUGUUAUUCCCACCCUUGAAACGGAGAAAUAUUUAUUCUUGUUACGCUUACACACAAAGUUUUUAAAACCGAUAAUGCUUAUAGGUCCGACAGGUACAGGCAAAAGUUUUUAUGUCCAAAACUUUCUCAUGAACUGCAUAGAUAUGGAAAAAAUCACUCCAGGCUUUAUAACUUUCACAACUACUACUUCUGCGAAUCAAACGCAGGACCUCGUACUAUCUAAGCUUGUGAAAAGAAGAAAAAAUAAUUAUGGGCCUGUAAGAGGCAAGCAGGCAAUUAUUUUCAUAGACGACAUGAAUAUGCCAGCCAAAGAAGUUUACGGUGCUCAGCCGGCGAUAGAAUUACUUCGGUUGUAUUUCGACAUAAGGCAUUGGUACGACUUGAAAACUACGGAUAACCUUUAUGUAUACGACACGACCUUUUAUGGUGCUAUUGGACCUGUGGGCGGUAGUCGACAACUUAUAUACCCCAGGAUGUUACGUCAUUAUAAUAUCUAUUCGAUUAAUGAGUUUUCUAAAGAAAGCAUGUCAAAGAUAUUUACCUCAUUAUUACAACUGGGAUGGAGAAGAAACGGGUUUGGACAAGAUACACAGCCUGUCAUUGUUAAUAUCAUUGCAGCGACAAUGGAGAUCUAUGAUCAAGCCACCGAAGGCCUCAGACCUACACCAGCCAAAUCGCAUUAUAUCUUCAAUUUGCGAGAUUUUUCUAGGGUUAUACAAGGCUGUGCUUUGUUAAGAAAGGAGUCAGCCGAUAGCAAAAAGACAUUCACGAGAGUAUGGGUCCAUGAAAUCUUGCGAGUGUUUUAUGAUCGACUCGUGGAUGAAGCAGAUCGUACGUGGUUUUUUAAUAUUUUAAAGAGGUCUACGAGAGACUUUAUGAAGGACACAUUUGAAUCUGCUUUAGACUCUUAUCAAGAUGAAAAGGGAGAUGUCAAUCAAGAGCAUAUAAAAAGCUUAAUGUUCGGUUGUUAUUUAGAUACCGAUAGUGUCGAAGGUGAACGUAGAUAUGAAGAAAUGCCUUCGAAAGAAGUCGUUCUCAACGUAGCAAUACAAAUGUUGGCCGAGUAUAAUACUAUGCAUAAAGCUAAAAUGAAUAUAGUCUUGUUUGACUAUGCUUUAGAACAUUUGUCAAAGAUAUGUCGUCUGCUGUCAAUGCCCUCUGGAAAUGCGUUACUUGUCGGUGUGGGUGGAUCUGGACGACAAUCUCUCACCCGACUAGCGAGCACUGUUUUAGGACAAAAUACAUUUCAACCUGAAAUCACAAAGUCAUAUAGCGUUAAAGAUUGGCACGAUGACCUCAAAUUGGUGUUAAGAGAAUCUGGUGGACUAAAUAAAGACACCACAUUUUUAUUUACCGAAAGUCAAAUCAAGGAAGAAACCUUUAUACAAAAUCUAGACAGUUUACUUAACUCGGGCGAAGUGCCGAACUUAUAUGGUUUAGAUGAAAAGCAAGAAAUCCUUGAACUGGUGCGUCUCGCAGCUCAAGGUGGUAAUAGAAAUUUAGAUAUAAGUCCACUACAGAUUUUCUCAUUUUUUGUCGGACGAUGUAAAGCAAAACUUCAUAUCGUGCUGUGUUUCAGUCCGAUUGGAGCAUCUUUUAGAACAAGAUUGAGACUGUAUCCUUCCCUUGUUAAUUGUUGUACCAUUGAUUGGUAUGACAGUUGGCCUGAGGAAGCUUUGGAAAUGGUUGCAAACCAUUACAUGGGAAAAGUGAAUGUUCCAGAUAGUGUUAAGCAAGCCGCCGUCAUUGCCUGUAAACAAUUUCAUGUAGAUGCCCGAGUAGUUUCAACUGACUUUUAUAAUCAAUUCGGACGAAAGACUUAUAUCACUUCAGCUUCAUACUUGGAUUUAAUUAAAUCAUUUACUACUUUAACAAACAGGAAACAAAGAGAGUUACGUGCUGCUAAACUACGAUACACGAAUGGUUUAGACAAGUUAAUGCAAGCGGCUGAAGCUGUUGCUAUAAUGCAAAAGGAUUUGAAUGCCUUAAAACCUCAGCUCAUUAUUAUGGCCGCCAAAUCAACAAAAAUGAUGGAGGAGAUAGCUGUUGAAACUGCGAUAGCUGAUAAAGCCGCGGCACAAGUUAGAGAAGAUCAAAAAGUUGCUAAUGUACAAGCAGCUGCAGCUCAGGAGCUUAAAAAGGAUUGCGAAGCUGAUUUGGCUUUAGCUUUACCUAUACUCGAAGACGCUAUUGCAGCUUUGAACACGUUAAAGCCGGCAGAUAUUACUAUAGUUAAAUCUAUGAAAAACCCGCCCGCAACAGUAAAGUUGGUAAUGGCAGCAGUUUGUGUUAUGAAAGGUCUAGCUCCAGAUAAAAUACCAGAUCCUGAUAAUCCAGGUAAGAAAAUUUACGAUUACUGGGGCCCGAGCAAAAGAGUACUAGGAGAUAUGAGUUUCUUAGAUUCUUUAAGAAACUUUGAUAAGGACAAUAUACCUGUUGCAACAAUGCAAAAAAUCAGAAAAGAAUAUUUAUCAAACAAAGAUUUUAAGCCACAUAUUAUUGCAAAAGCAUCCACUGCUGCAGAAGGUUUAUGUAAGUGGAUAAUAGCUAUGGAUAUGUAUGACGCGGUAGCAAAGGUAGUUGCACCAAAGAAAGCUAAGUUGGAAGCCGCUGAAAGAGAAUUCGCUGAAACUAUGGCGAUAUUAGAAGAGAAAAAGGCAACAGUAGCACGAUUAGAAGCGAAAUUGGCAGAACUAAAUGAAGCCUUGGAAGAAGCUAAUUUAAAGAAGAAAGCUUUGGAAGACGAAGUACAAUUAUGUAUCGAUAAACUCUAUCGAGCUGAGAAACUUAUAGGGGGACUUGGUGGAGAAAGAGUACGAUGGACUGCAGCCGCUGAAAAUUUACAAAAACUUUAUGAUAAUUUAGCUGGUGAUAUAUUAGUAUCGUGUGGUAUUAUUGCAUAUUUAUCACCUUAUACAUUACCUGUACGUACAGCGGUCACGGAAACGUGGCGUGAUCUUGUCAUUAAGCUAAAAAUGCCUCAUUCAGACCAGUUUGUAUUUAAGGAUAUUCUAGGAACUGAUAUAAAAAUACAAAAUUGGUGCAUAGCAGGAUUACCAAGAGAUUCAUUUUCUAUUGAUAAUGGUAUAAUACAAGAUAAUUCAAUGAGGUGGUCUUUACUGGUAGAUCCUCAAGGACAGGCAAAUAAAUGGAUAAAAACCAUGGAAAAGUCGAAUGACCUGCAAGUUAUGAAGUUUACAGAUGGAAAUUACAUGAAAGUCAUUGAAACUUGUUUAGAAUAUGGCAAACCAGCUCUGAUAGAUUGUAUCCUUGAAGAUGUGGAAGCUCCUUUAGACCCGGUGCUACUAAAGAAUACUUAUAUGCAGGCUGGUAAAGAAUUUAUCGCUUUAGGAGACAAUGUUAUAGAAUAUCACCCACAUUUUAGGCUAUAUAUGACUACAAAACUAAGAAAUCCCCAUUAUUUACCAGAAGUAUUUAACAAAGUAACUCUUAUUAAUUUUGCUUUGACGAAAGAUGGUUUAGAAGAUCAGCUACUAGGUAUUGUCGUUGCGAAAGAAAGACCUGAUUUACAGGAGAAGAGAGAGAAAUUAAUUGUACAGGGCGCUGCUAACCGAGCUGCACUAAAACAGGUGGAAGAUGACAUAUUACGAACGUUACAGGAAUCGAAAGGUGACAUUUUAGAGGACGAAAGUGCUAUUGAAGUAUUAGAUUCGUCCAAAUUACUAGCUAUCGAUAUAAUGAAGAAACAAGAGGCCAGUUUAGAGACUGAGGAAAUAAUAGAGAAGUUUCGUUUAGGUUACAGACCUAUAGCAUCGCAUUCAGCAGUGUUGUAUUACUGUGUGACUGAAUUACCAAACGUUGACCCAAUGUACCAAUAUUCGCUGACGUGGUUCAUUAAUUUAUACAUAAUAUCCAUAGAAAACGCAAACAAAUCUAAGGACUUAGAUAAAAGGUUAAAGUUUUUGAAAGAUACUUUUACUUAUAAUCUAUACAGCAAUGUGUGCAGAUCUCUAUUCGAUAAAGAUAAAUUAAUGUUUUCAUUUAUUAUGUGCUCUAAGAUGAUGUUAUCUACUGGUGAAAUGAAUCAUGAUGAAUAUAUUUUUCUAAUAACGGGUGGUAUAGCUGUAGAGAAUCCGCACAAAAAACCAUUCGAGUGGUUACCGGAUAAAAGCUGGGAUGAAAUAUGUAGGAUAAACGAUUUACCUGCGUACAGUGGAUUUAAAAAUAAUUUUGUUAAUACUGUAGCAAAAUGGAAAGAGGUAUACGAUGACUUAGAACCACAUACUAAGCCAUUGCCAGGUGGGUGGAAUGAUAAACUGUCGCCGUUUCAAAAACUAUUGGUAAUAAGGGUUUUGAGACCCGAUAAAUUAACCAUAGCUUUGUCUAACUUUGUAGAACAGCAAAUGGGAUUAAAGUAUAUAACUCCACCUCCGUUCGACAUAGGAAAAUCCUUCGGAGACUCAAACUGUUUGGCUCCCUUAAUUUUUAUUUUAUCCCCUGGCUCAGACCCUAUGGGGGCAUUAAUAAAAUAUUGCGAAAAAAUGGGUUAUGCUCACAGGUUUAACUCUAUUUCUUUAGGUCAAGGUCAAGGGCCUAUUGCAAGAGCAAUGAUAGAACGAGCCCAAUUAGAAGGUGGGUGGGUAUGUUUACAAAACUGUCAUUUAGCUGUUUCAUGGCUACCCGUGUUGGAAAAAAUUGUAGAAGGCUUUGAUUUAACCAACACUGAUUUGAGUUUUAGACUAUGGUUAACCAGUUAUCCAUCAGACAGAUUCCCGCAAUCUGUUUUACAAGUUGGUGUGAAAAUGACGAAUGAACCACCCACCGGUCUGCAACAUAACCUCAACCGAUCUUAUUUAUCUGAACCGUUAAAAGAACCAGAAUUUUAUGAAGGCUGUCCAGAUAAAGACAGACCAUUCAGUAAGUUAUUAUAUGGAAUAAGUUUCUUCCACGCGGUUGUUCAAGAAAGAAAGAAAUUUGGACCGCUAGGGUGGAAUAUUCAGUAUGGUUUUAACGAUUCAGAUUUUCAUAUAUCCGUUAUGCAAUUGCAAAUGUUUUUGAAUCAGUACGAGGAGAUUCAGUACGUUGCUAUUAAAUACUUGACGGGCGAAUGUAAUUAUGGGGGGCGUGUGACAGACGACUGGGAUAGACGGUUAAUUGUAACAAUAUUAGACAACUACGUGAAUGCCGGUGUAGUCAACGAUCCUAAUUAUUUAUUCUGUGAUAUUGGACCUCAGUAUGGUUUGCCACGAAGAUGCGAGUAUCAAGAUUAUUUGAAGCACAUAGAGUCUGUGCCUGUUAAUCCACCUCCUGAAGUUUUUGGACUACAUAUGAACGCAGGAAUUACACGUGAUUACACGAUCUCUAUGGCACUUACAGCAGCUUUAGUUUUAGUUGAAGGUUCAGGCAGCGGCGGCGAAGGUGGUAACACCGAAGUAAUUCUAAUGCAAAUGGCGACUGAAAUUGUAUCUAAAUUACCACCAGCGUAUGAUAUCGAAACUGCCCAAAAGAAAUACCCAGUAGAUUAUAAUGAAUCUAUGAAUACCGUCCUUAUACAAGAAAUGGAAAGAUUUAACAAACUCCUUCGUGAAAUCAGAUCGUCGCUGUUAGAUCUACAAAAGGCCGUAAAGGGAUUUAUUGUUAUGUCUCCAGCUUUGGAUCUACAGUCGAAUGCUAUGCUUUUGGGUCGUAUACCCACGAACUGGUCCAAGGUAUCCUACCCCAGUUUAAAGCCUCUACCAAGUUACAUUGCCGAUUUUAUUGAAAGGCUUGCUAUGCUGGAAGAUUGGUAUCAAAACGGAAAGCCCUCGACAUUUUGGUUAUCCGGGUUCUUCUUUACUCAGGCAUUUUUGACCGGUUCCGUUCAAAACUUUGCUAGGGCCAAAAAAAUUCCUAUCGAUUUGCUGAUAUUUGAUUUCGAGGUGAGAAAGGUCGAUUAUGAAACGGAGCCCCCGGAGUGGGGGGUGUAUGUUCAGGGGCUUUUUAUGGACGGUGGACGCUGGGAUAGAAAUAAAUAUGCAAUCGGCGAGCAGUUGCCGAAAAUAUUAAAUGACAAUAUGCCGGUUGUGUGGCUUUACCCUACAUUGAAAAACGAUUUUGCCGAAGGCAGUAGGUAUAGAUGUCCACUUUACAAGACGCUUGAACGAAAAGGUGUUUUGGCGACUACGGGUCAUUCGUCCAAUUUCGUUCUUGCCUUUUAUUUGCCGUCGGAUAAGCCAGCAGCACAUUGGAUAAAACGAAGUGUCGCUUUACUGCUCCAAUUAGAUAAUUAA